CCAUAUCCGACGCGCCACCUACCGCCGUCACAAAAACCCCGCAAAGACCCUAACCCGCUCUUCUUUUCCUCUUCAUUGCGCUUGCCCAUGGCGGUUCUCAGAACCCUAAUAAGAUCUCUCCGCGCCCCUGCUCCUCCCCUUCCCCUGGCCGCCUUCUCCUGUUCUCCUCUGUCUCCAGCUCUCGCCUCCUCUCCGAACCCCUUCUCCUUCGUCCUCCGGCUCACUUCUGUGCCCCCUCCGCUCUUCUGGCCGCCCUCCCGAUGGGUGCCCUUCUCGGGACCCCUCUUCCUCUCCUCGCCCCCGUGGAUGCUGUCGCAGUCGGCGACUCCCUUGUACCUGCGAGGAAAAGACGCGAUCUUCCCCAAGGAUCUGCUCCAAGUUCGGAGCUUUCCGAUUCCGUUAGGGCUAAGGUCGCUGGGAGAGGUCGGAAGGGGGUUUGGGGACGUCAUUAACUGGAGGGAGAAGGGGAGUGUUGGAGGAGAGGUGAGCGAGGUUGUCAUUCAUGACAAGUUACUGAAUCUGCCGAAUUUGAUCUCGAUCAGCAGGAUGGUGUCCGGUCCUCUGAUUGGAUGGAUGAUUUUACAUGAUAUGUAUCUUCCGGCUUUUGGUGCAUUGGUUGUCUCUGGAGCGACUGAUUGGUUGGAUGGGUUCCUUGCAAGAAAGAUGGGUAUUAAUUCAGUGUUUGGGUCCUAUCUUGAUCCACUUGCUGACAAGGUUAAACUUUCUUGGAUGAGGAUUUUUCCAAGAACCGUAUUUGGAAAAAGCAACAUGGGAAACCACCUGACUUUCUUUGUGGCUUCUGAAGCUGUGCUUGUUGGCUUGGUGGUUCUAAGAGAUGUUGCUCUCGUCAGUGGUGCAGUUUAUAAAAGAGCUUCUAGCCUGGGUUGGGAGUGGAAGAGUUGGUCUGAAUUUAUCAAUCUUGAUGCGGCUCAUAGGGAGAAGGUAGAACCUCUCCUCAUAAGUAAGGUGAACACAGUGCUCCAGUUGCUUUUAGUUGCUGCUGCUCUUCUGCAACCUGACUUUGGCUCGGCAGAAACUCAGGAAUAUAUAACCUACUUGAGCUGGUUGGUGGCUUCAACAACAGCUGCAUCGGCUGUAGCCUAUGGAGCUCAACAUCUUUGUAGAUGAUCAACUUUCUGCCCCAGAAGAAUCGUGGUCAACAAGGUUUCAUGAUUGCAUUUGGACCUGCAGCAACAGUGGUAUGAAAUUUCAUGAUUGCAUUUGGACCUGCAGCGACGGUGCAAUGAAAACUCCAGGAGUAUGUACAUGUGAGGCAUGGGUUCAAAUCAUCGUGCACUAUGAGUUCUCGUCCCAAUCAUCGCCUUCGACCUGUCCUGCAUGUGCAUUUCUGAAGGUGCAAUAUGAUAACUCACCUGUCUGGGCUGAUGCAUAAUGUUUUCCUUUUAGCUAAUGCACAAUGUUAAGGGAAGGUGAAGGAAUAAAAAAUUCAAUCUUGUUGUAACUUGCUCCCUCUGUGCUUCAGAUUGUAAAACAAAAAUUUCUUGCAUAAAGAGAGAGAUUACCUUGUUCUCAA